CCAUGUCACCUGCUGCUGCUGGACGUCGGGCAGAGAGGAAAAACCCUGUCACGGGCAGAAGCAUGUGAGGAUUUUCCAUUGCGGCCGGUUCAGAGGCUGGACUGAGUGAGGGCUCUGUGCUCGUUGCAGCGCGGCUCCUCCGCCCUGCAAGCUUUCCGGAGAGCUACACCAACACCUGGCCAGAUGUGCACAGAGCCCGACACAUUCGGAGCGACACACAGGGAUGGAACACGACUCUCAGAGCUGCCGCAUGAACCAAAAGACACCAGAAAUACCCGACAAACCGCGUUUGCUCUGUGUCUGGAGAUUUGUGAUAUGAUAAAGACGCGUUUAAUAGAGCGUUUACUUUGCUGCGCGAAACUAAUUAAGGAUUAAGCGGAUUUUGUUUUAUUUUUUCCCCCCCCUUAAGCGGCACCAAAAUAGCAAUUAAGAUCGACACGGAAGCUGAAGAAAGACCAGAGACUGCAUUGAGCUCGCGCCGCAUUUCCUGUAACAGCCUACCGAGCGACCUGGGUUUUUUUUUUUUUUUGCCGUUUGUUUGUUUUUUUCCCACUUCCACUGCAAUUCCACGCGAUAAUCUAAGUUUAAACGCUGCACUGACGGAGUCGUGCGGUUGGCUGGGAGGCAGCUGGACUGGAAGGCACGGCGAGCAGAGAUUGUGCCUAUAAGCGGAAGUAGGAAACCGCCUGCCGGAGCGGCGCGUCAUCGGCGGAGCGGAGCGGAGCGGCGCGCGCGCGCCAGUCACUCACUCCUCCUCCCUGCCUACUUUUAAUAGCUGCGUCAUGUGACGGAGCGCAGUUGUAAGGCAGGUGCCCCUCGGUUCAUUCUCAGUGAGGGGGCCCUUCCCUGCACGACAGCACAGUCUGGAACGCUUGGAUUUUCACGUUUCACAUUGAUUUAUUAUUAUCAUUGUUUUUAUUUUUUUUAAUUAUUAUUAUUAUUAUUAUUAUUAUUAUUAUUAUUAUUAUUAUUAUUAUAUUUUUUUCGUACCGUCAUUCAGUGGCUGGAUGGCGUGGGACAGGUGCAACCAGGAGUCGGUGUGGACGGAACUCGAGUGCGCUGCCUUGGUUGGAGAAGACCAGCCUCUCUGCCCUGACUUACCUGAACUGGACCUCUCCGAACUGGACGUCAGUGAUCUGGAUGCAGAUAGCUUUCUGGGUGGACUCAAGUGGUACAGCGACCAAUCAGAAAUCAUUUCCAGCCAAUAUGGCAACGAGUCGUCCAAUCUGUUCGAGAAGAUAGAUGAAGAAAAUGAGGCCAACUUGCUGGCAGUGCUCACAGAAACCCUGGACAGUAUCCCCGUGGACGAGGACGGAUUGCCUUCGUUUGAAGCCCUGGCAGAUGGGGACGUGACCAACGCCAGCGAUCAGAGCUGUCCCUCCACCCCCGAUGGCUCACCACGCACCCCAGAGCCAGAGGAGUCCUCCUUGCUAAAGCAACUCCUUUUGGCUCCACCAAACUCUCAGCUCAGCUAUAAUCAAUACCCAGGCGGUAAGGCACAGAACCAUGCAGCCAGCAACCACAGAAUACGAUCAGCUGUUACCAAGACAGACAACCCCUGGAACAGCAAACAAAGAGGAGUCUGCCCCCAGCCAAACCGGCUGGUGAGACGUCCGUGCACUGAAUUGCUCAAGUACCUCACUGCCAGCGAUGAUGCCUUGCAUACAAGAGCCAGUGAAGCCAAGAGCACCUGGUCAGGCUGUGACAAGGACAGGGGUGGGCCUGGUACCUCCUUCUGUUCGUCGUCUUCCUCUCCAUCUUCUUCAUCCACUUCCUCUUUCUCCUCUUUGUCCUCCUGUUCCUCAUCUACCGCCUCAAAGAAGAAGCCCUCCUCUGCCUCCCUGUCAACGCAGCAGCAGCAGCAGCAGCUGGCAGUGCAGGCCCAGAGAGGUGAGAGCCAGGCAGCUGGGGCAUAUAGUGUGGCUGGUGAGGGGGCAGGGCAGUGGCGGAGGUGUAUACAUGGGGAGCAGUCCACCCCUGUUGUGCCAUCCUGUGGAAGUGGCUGUAGCCACACCUGCUCCAGUGAAGAGGGGAGGUCACCGCAGGGUGCUGACACAGGCAGCCUGGCUGCCGCCCGCUUCAUUAGGUAUAUGCACUCUUACUCUCUCCCGCCUAGAGAGAUGGGUCGCGCAGGCAGCUGUGGCCGUUGUCUUGAGGCGGGCGGCUGGGCUGGGGCCAGCCAUGCUGACAGGCACAUCACAAUAACUAUUAGGAAGAGGAGGCAAGCGCAAGAGCAUCCCAUGCUCAGCCAGCUACUGACCUCCAGACCCAAGCCAGCCCGUUAUCGGGCCCACCUGCAAAUAUCCAGUGUGUCCCAGACAGACAAGCAAGAUCCACCCAAAACACCUCCUAGAGACAAAGGGUGGGAUGGGCACAUAGUGAACGAUAGUCAGGAACAUCAGAUUAUAAACCCAAUUCAGGACUUCCAGGAACCUAGUCAAGCUAACUCAACAGACCUUGAGCUUUCAGCCUUGGCUGACUUGGACAUAGAAAGUUUGUUUAUGAAAUUUGAGCAGAAUAUCGAAGGGUCGAAAUUUAAAUUGGGGCAAAAUGGGGUGGAUGUUCAUGAUGAUGUCUUAGUCAGUCCCCUGUCAUUCCAUGGGGGCUGGCCAAGUCCGCUUUUCCAAGACUCUUUAGUUCCAGAGCACACCCCCUCCACCAUACAAGAGCAGAACCCACACAGACAGGCAGACUGCAGGCACCCCGAUGACCAGGUUCCACCACCGUUAGCCAAACCAACCACCUUGCCACUUCCUUUGACCCCAGAGUCUCCAAAUGACCACAAGGGAUCUCCAUUUGAGAGCAAGACCAUUGAACGCACAUUGAGUGUGGAAAUCUCUGGAACCCCAGGUCUGACACCACCUACCACACCUCCUCAUAAAGCCAGUCAAGAGAACCUUUUCAAAGUAUCACUCAAAACCAAGCUGUCUUCAGCUUCUUCAGCCCUGACGAGCAAGAAGGCCAAGCUGAGCAAUGGAAGCCCUAGCUCUCUUCCAAUCAGUAGCUCCAGCAGGAAGGCCCAUGAGAAGUCUGAGCUGUAUGCCCAGCUGAGCAAGGCAUCCUCUGCCCUGCCUCUGGGAAACUUAGAAGAGUGCCGGGGCAAACGGUCCAAGCCUCGUGUGUUUGGUGAUCAUGAUUAUUGUCAGGCCUCAAGCACAAAACAAGACAAUGGCACAUUAGCUGCCACGAUCACUGGGCCUGUAGAGGGCCUGCAUAUAGAACCUAAAGACUCAACUAUGCCAGCCUUCUCUAAUCUCACAUCCUCUUUGUCUUCCACCAGUCCCUUAUCUUCCUCUCUGGCAAGGCAGCUGCAGGGCCUUUGCCCCAUGGUUCAGGAGGCUUGUCCAGACAAGGAAGCUCAGGGGCAGGACCACAGUUCUGCACUGGGUGCCAAAACUCCUAAGAAGUGCAUCUCUGCUGGCAGGAAGCUGCUGCGAGACCAGGAGAUACGGGAAGAGCUCAAUAAGCACUUUGGUAACCCCCAGCAAGCCUUUUUUAGUGAGACUGAGCAGUGUGGGUUCCAGCCACUAGAUGAAAGUGACUCUGGGGAUGAGAACUAUUACCCUUUUGAGGCCUACAUGGACACAGGCCUGCCUGACUUUGAGGACCUAGAAGUGGGCCGUGAGCGCCUUCUUUGCUCUUGGGAAGGGACUCCACUAGAGAUGCUCUUUGAAGGCUCACCACCAUGUUCCCCAUCCAGCAGCUUGCCUUCCCAGAGUUCGGUCUCGCCACCCUCAACUCUACUCUCUCCACGUCACUUCUACAACUCCCAGUCUGGUUCACGCUCUAGAUCCCGCUCCAGAUCUUCCUCCCGCCACAGAUACAGAUCCCUGUCCAGGUCUCCUUACUCCUGUUCCCAGUCCCCAGAUAACUGCUCCCCCUCUUGGUCUCAUCAUACUGUUGAUAAGAGCACUUUCAAAUCCAGGACUAUUAAAAGUCCUCAGUCUGACUCUCACUCUGGUCUCGGUCAGAGGCCCAGGUAUGACAGCUAUGAAGAAUACCAGCAUGAACAGCUGAAGAGGGAGGAGUACCAGCGGGACUAUGAGAGACGCGAGGUAGAGAGGGCUGAACAAAGGGAGAAACAACGAAAGAGAGCAAUAGAGGAGAGGCGGGUUUUGUACGUUGGACGUCUCCGGGCUGACAGCACACGCUCCGAACUCAAGCAGCGCUUUGAAGUUUUCGGCGAGAUCGAGGAGUGUGCCAUCAACUUGAAACAUAAUGGGGACAAUUUUGGCUUCAUCACCUACCGCUACACUUGUGAUGCCUUCGCUGCCCUUGAGAAUGGACACACCUUGCGCAGACCGAACGAGCCACAGUUCGAGCUCUGCUUCGGUGGACAAAAGCAGUUCUGCAAAUCCAAUUACACAGACCUGGACUCUCAUUCUGAAGACUUUGAUCCGACUUCAGCUAAAAGCAAGUAUGACUCGAUGGAUUUCGACAGCUUGUUGCGCGAAGCCCAGUGUAGCCUGAGAAGGUAACGAGCUCCAACACACCUGCUGGCUACAAAGCGAGGGAUUUGUGAUACCUCACUUCUGUUUUGCUCCUCUGAAUAUGAGACUACUACAAGUUUUACACUCAAUGUAGAGGGAUUUUAUAA